UUUUGUCCACUCCCUCCUCAUUCCCACAAACAAUUUCCCCUUUCUUUCUUUCUUUCUUUCUUCUGAUGCCGGCAUCAUUUGUAAACCCUAUUUUCCCCUGUAUAUUUCGUUUAAUUCAUCGCUAAGUUCUGUGAAUUAUUAAUCAGCAAAAUUGAAGUAGGAUUGGUAACCGAGGUGGUAUUACUCCGAAGAUAUAUGCUUGCUGGAACCUGGAUGUCUUUACACUCUGUGACUGAUUAGGUGGGCUUUGUUUUAUUUACUCGGCAAAAAAUGGAUCGCUGUGAUACUUCUGGAUUCGUCAGUGGGGGGUGCAGUGACCUGUAUUGAGAACUUCUAACUUAGUUUUGUUCAUCUUUCUAUCUAACCCCUGGAAAUAAGACAGUCUGCUAUUGUGUAAAUAUAUAUAGUGUAGAUUUAGUUCACAAUUGGUAUAUUCGGUGAAACAGUUUAUGGAUACAAACAAUAAUGGGUUCCAGAAUUUGGGUUACCUUGCUAACUCUGUGUCAAAUGCAUUUGGAAAUUUGGGCAAAGCUAUCCAAGGCGGAGGAAUUGCAACUAGUUUCCAUACAGACACUGUUUUGCGGCUUGACUCUCCAAGUGCUUCCGUCCCUUAUUUUGUCACAUAUAAGAGGAAAUGGAAUGUGAGUGAUGGACCCAUGGGCCGAGAAGAUGGUUCUUCGUUUUUUCUUGGUCUAGGUCGUUCACCAAGUUCCUCAGACAGCAAGGGUAGUUCUGCAACUGCUUGUACAACUAUCUCCUCUGCGAAAGAAAAUGAAGAGGAGUCUUCCAUGGAUCUUAAUUUGGAUUUUGAUCUGCAUCUUGGCAAUGAGAAGUCUUCCAGCCCAAGGAAACCUUUCAGCUCAACUCUGAAGACUUCCAAAGCGAAACCCAAGUUUGGUCUUGAAUUAAGUCUCUCUACGGGGCUCACCGAAUCUGAUGUUACCUCUGUUACUUUGGGCUCUAUCCCACAUCUGAGUAACUCUGAAACACCCUUAAUGAUCAGUAAAACCCCACAUGUGGAAGAAGGGUCAAUGUCUUCCAGCUGGAAACUACCACAUGCAAUGGCUCCGUUGCAUAAUUUUCAAAACACAGAAGCCAUAUGUAACCAAAUAUCCUGCAAAAGCAGUCCAGAAUCAGUAGUCCCUGACAUCUAUUCCACCAUGGUUACCACACCAAACAGCUCAGUUACUUGCACUUCGGGGCUUGCUCAGCUGAUGCAGCAACGCGGAGGAGCCAAUUCAAAAAUCUGUCAGUUCAGGGGAUGUGGAAAAGGAGCUAGAGGCGCUUCCGGUCUCUGUAUUGCUCAUGGUGGUGGGCGUAGAUGUCAGAAAGCUGGGUGUCACAAGGGAGCUGAAGGCCGGACAGUGUACUGUAAGGCUCAUGGCGGUGGCCGCCGGUGCCAAUAUUUAGGGUGCACGAAGAGUGCUGAAGGCAGGACCGAUUUCUGCAUAGCACAUGGUGGUGGUAGACGAUGCAGUAACGACAGUUGCACCCGAGCUGCAAGAGGGAAAUCUGGUCUUUGCAUUAGGCAUGGAGGUGGUAAGAGGUGCCAGAAGGACAAUUGCACAAAAAGUGCUGAAGGUUUCUCUGGCCUUUGUAUCUCUCAUGGGGGUGGCAGGCGAUGCCAAUUUCCAGACUGCUCAAAAGGGGCACAAGGAAGCACAUUAUUCUGCAAAGCUCACGGUGGGGGGAAAAGGUGCACAAUUCCAGGCUGUACAAAAGGUGCGGAAGGGAGCACACCGCUCUGUAAGGGCCACGGGGGUGGAAAAAGGUGUGCAUUUCAAGGUGGUGGAACAUGCCCUAAGAGUGUUCAUGGUGGUACUCUUUACUGUGUAGCUCAUGGAGGCGGGAAAAGAUGUGCGCUACCAGAAUGCACCAAGAGUGCAAGGGGACGAACUGAUUUUUGCGUUCGUCAUGGAGGUGGUAAAAGGUGCAAGUUUGAUGGAUGUGCGAAGAGUGCACAAGGAAGCACAGAUUUCUGCAAGGCCCAUGGUGGAGGUAAAAGAUGCUCGUGGGGCCAGGCAGGAUCAGAAUUUGGUAGACAAGCUCCCGCUCCAUGUGAUCGAUUUGCGAGGGGGAAGACUGGACUAUGUGCUGCUCAUAAUGCGUUGGUGCAAGACCAACGUGUCCAUGGCGGUGGAACAUUGGGGCCUACUGCAUCAGGUUCAAAAUGUAACACGCAUGAGAAGAUGAAAGACAUUAUUACUAUUGAAGACAUGAAUACUGAAAUCAGUAGCAUGGGAAGUGUUGGAAGCACAUUUUUUGACUGGAAUGGCUUUGAUCCAAAAGGUUUUGUAAACCCGGGUGUUUCUUUACAGGUACAGUCAAGGGGCGUACCAGGUCCAGAAGGUAGAGUCCAUGGAGGUGGGCUGAUGGCAAUGCUGGCUAGUGGGAGGAAUCAGGCUCCAGGUGGCCCUUCAGAGCAAGGGAGUUCUGUGAUACCUCACAAUUGGAUGUAAUCAAUACUUCACAUAAGUCCUUUUUUUCUUUUUCUUGUGUUUGAUUUGGUAUUGUGUAAGUGAUUCUUCCCGCUUUGUUUCCUUGUGCUUAGUCUGUUAUCUAGCUUGGCAUUUUAGAGAUGGGGAAAAAAAUAAUGUUUUCUUGGAUGGGUUAGAAUGAGAAGGAAUCGUAUGGACAAUACACCCUUGAGGGUGGAAACUGGCUGGGGCUGGUACAGUUUUCGCUGUGUGUUUAUGGGGUUUCUCCAAUUGUAAAUAUAAAUAUUUAGUUUCUCGUGAAUAUCUGGUUUUAGAUUACUGAUCAGUGUGGUUAAUAAAGCUGGUCAGUGUGGUUAAUAGUCCA